GUCCUCAUUUCAUAAGGCCAUAAUAAUAAAUCCUCAGCCUCAGCCUCCUCAUGAGUCUCUCGCUCUCUGCAUUUAAACUUACUUCCCUUUCCCUUUCUUUCAUCUCCUUCUUUCUUUCUUUCUUCCCCCGCCCUUUUCUCUCUUUCUCUAUUAGAAACUCUUGACAAUGAAAGCCUCUUUCUUUCUUUCUUCGUCAUCCUUGUCGUCUUUUUCCACCAAUGGCCAUCUCUUCAUGAUGAUCUUGAUAGUUCUACUUGUCUUCGUCACAUCGUCUGCUUCCAUUGCCGUGCCAGAAGCUUCUCCGACCAUCUCCCACCACCAACCGCCUCGCGGUGAAGUACUGCAGCUUCAUCCUUGUGAUGCUCUCACCCGUGAAAACUCACGUUCUUUGUGUAUUCAUCUUCAUAGAGUUUACCAACAUCGCCUACCCGUUCAUGUCCUGCCACCGUUGCUGACCCACAAUGAGAUUGAUCCUCGAUAUGGCGUCGAGAAGAGACUCGUGCCAUCGGGGCCAAACCCUCUUCAUAACUGAACAAGAGAGAAAGAAAGCAAAGAAAGAGGAAAGAAAGAGCAAAAGAGAAUCUUUCUUUAUCAAAACAGACAUUUUAGCCAUUUCUCUUCUCAGAACUUUUCUUGCUAUUGCAAUAGUAUAUCAUGAACGUCCCUUUUUCUUUUUCUCUUCUUGAAUCCUGUUAGUUAAUGGAUCAAGAAGAAUAUUUAAUCCUUGACCAAAGGUAGAAGAAGAAGACUAUGCUAAUUAGUUAACGAGUUUUGUCCAAUGUCGUAUUAUCUUGUUUCGGGUUAUUGUUGCUAUUUCCAUUCUUGUUUUUGUGUCCCAAACGUUCGAGUUUUGGCAUGUUAUAAGUUCGAUCACGAAGAGAAGAACGUUAUUGGAGUCCAUUUUGAUGUGGAAAAUGGCAAAAACAAGCAUGGAAAUGGCAAGGUAUUUACUUUAAUGUUUUUACUUUUUUUUCUUUAAAAAAAGUCAUAGGUGGUCGGGUCCGGAGGCACGAUUCAAAAGAAACCCAUGAGUUUCAUUAAUUUUGGAGGUAUAAGGUACAAAAUACCGACAUGGCAGGAUUCAUGAGGUUUUCUUUCUUUGGAGGGGUACUAUGGAACUUUCGUAUCUUUUUUUUUCUUAUUAUUGUUCAUGGAAUUAAUGUAAUUUUGCUGUAUAGGCUUGUACUGUCUGAAUCAUUGAAAUAUAUAUGUACGUAAAUGCCCCAUUUGAGUUUUU